AUGGUACCCCUAGAGGACGACGACGACGAAGACCGACCAAACUACACCGUUACCACCGACGCGAACGGCAACCCACGCUACGUCUACGGCGAGAUAGAACCCGUCUACGACUCGGACGACUCCGAUGCACCAGCGAACGCCAACACCAUCGGCAACAUCCCGCUGUCAUACUACGACGCCUACCCACACAUUGGCUACGACAUCAAUGGCCGACGCAUCGCCAGGCCUGCCAAAGGCGAAGCCCUCGACUCGCUUCUGGAUAGCAUAGACAUCCCCGAAGGCUGGACGGGCCUAACAGACCCUGCCACUGGUAAACCCUUGCAGCUCAGCGCUGAAGAGCUCCAAGUGCUUAAGAAGCUGACGCAGAACGACAUGCCUGGAGAUGGCUACGAUCCCUACCCGGACAUGGUCGAGUACUUCACUGGGAAGGGUAUGGAAGAAGUCAUGCCGCUGUCUGCAGCACCGGAGCCGAAACGACGCUUUGUCCCUUCCAUGCACGAGCAUCGUAGAGUGAUGAAGAUGGUCAAGGCGAUCAAGGAGGGUCGCAUACAGCCCUACCGACCGCGCACGGACGAAGACCGCGAGCGGGAAGAGGCGGAGCAAGAGUACGCUACCUACGACGUCUGGGCGAACGAGCAACCACGACCCGACCACCCCAUGAACGUCCCGGCGCCGAAGCUGCCUCCACCGGGGUAUGAAGAGUCCUACCACCCGCCGCCGGAAUAUCUACCCGACAAGGACGAGAAGGAGGCGUGGGAGGAACAAGACGAAGAAGACCGCACUCGUGACUUUCUACCUCAGGACCACUCAGCACUCCGCAAGGUGCCCGGCUACGCGCAGUUCGUCAAGGAGAAGUUCGAGCGCUGUCUGGAUUUGUAUCUUGCGCCUCGCGUGCGGCGAAGUAAGCUCAACAUCGAUCCCGAGUCCCUCUUGCCCAAGCUGCCGGACCCUUCAGAGCUUAAACCGUUUCCCACAACGUGCAGCACAAUCUGUCGUGGCCACCAAGGCAAGGUCCGAACUCUAGCUUUCGACCCUACAGGCAGGUUCAUCGCAAGUGGCGGUGACGACGGCACGGUGCGCAUCUGGGACUUCACGACCGGCAGACAAGCCUGGUCCGUCAAACUCUCCAAAGACGAACCCGUCAACGCCGUAGCCUGGCGUCCCGGAAACGAUACAUGCAUCCUCACCGCCUGCUGUGGUGAGAAUGUCCACUUCAUCAUCCCCCAAGGCGAGCUCUGUCCACCAGAUCAAGAAGCACGCAGUCGUGAGAUCUUAGACGCCGGCUUCGGUCACGCCGCGGCCCCCACCACCGCCUCCAAAACCGCCUCGGGAGCCACCAAACCUUCCGCCUCCACCUGGUCUCGCCCCUCAUCCACCCUCCAAUCCCACGGCGUCCUCCUAACUCUCACCCUGCGCACCACCCCCAAAUCGCUUUCUUGGCAUCGCCGAGGCGACUACUUCGCCACCGUCUCCCCCUCCACCACCUCCAUCUCCACGGCCGUUGCAAUCCACACCCUCAGCAAACACGCCACGCAACACCCCUUCCGCCGCCUCAAAGGCCUCGCUCAAACCGCGUGUUUCCACCCCACACGUCCGCUUUUCUUCCUAGCCACCCGGCAGAGGAUACGAAUUUAUGAUCUCCAGCAGCAGAAACUGGAGAAAGAACUUCAACCCGGCGCUAGAUGGAUCAGCGGUAUCUCCCUCCACCCUCUAGGCUCAAACUUACUCGUCUCGUCCUACGACAAAAGACUUCUCUGGCAUGAUCUCGAUCUCGGUCUCACGCCGUACAAAACUCUGCGGUACCACUCCAAAGCCAUCCGCGACGUGGCGUUCCAUCCGGGAGGUCUGCCGUUGUUUGCCGAUGCGAGCGACGACGGGAGUUUGCAGGUUUUCCACGGCAAAGUGGUGAGCGAUGAGUUUGAGAACGCGACGGUGGUUCCUUUGAAGGUGUUGAGGGGCCAUCGGGUGGUGAGGGAGUUGGGCGUGUUGAGUGUGGGGUGGCAUCCGAGGGAGGCGUGGUGUGCGAGUGCCGGGGCGGAUGGGACGGUUAGGAUUUGGAUGUGA